CAUAUCAUCUCAAUCAUAUCAUCAGAAAAUGGAGGGAACGAAGGUUGGAGCUUCUUCGGAGCCUCGAUCGUACACCGAUAUCGAGCCCCGUUCGCAUUGGAUGCAUGCAAACGAAUGGGAUACACUUAUCAUGGACGUCACAGGGUUCAGGAAGGACCAGAUGAAAGUCCUGAUCAAAACAUCAGGGAGCCUCACGAUCAGCGGCGAGCGCCCGCAAGACGGCGAUGGCAACCAAUGGCUUCGCUUCCUCCAGACCUUCAAAGUCCCGAAAAAAUGCAAUCCUCACGAGAUCCAAGCCAAGUUUGAUAAAGAUGAAGGUCUUCUCUAUGUUGUGCUACCAAAGCAUAAACAUGCACGAGAAGAAUCUCCAAGCACCAAACCGAGCUCUCAUGCUACUCACAAUGAACCAGAAGCUCAGCUGAGUUCUCCGACGAGCGAGGAGGUAGGAGGAGAGAGAUUGGAGGAGGAGGAGGAGAAGAAGAAGAAGUUUGGGGAGGGGAUGAGUAAUCUUGUGACGGGAUUAAGAGGAAAUAAGGUGAGUUUAGUGGUUGCUGUGAUGCUGAUUAUGGUUGUUUUGGGGAUUGUGGCUUAUUUGGUGUAUAGGCUCGGGCGGAACUAACAAUGGGGAUACGUGAGCAUUGGAUUGUAAUUGUAGGAUGAUCUGUUCAAAUGUAAAUUUCAAGGAAUAAUCGAAAUGGAAUAAGAAACACGAGAGAUCAACG